UGUCAAAUACUGGUCGACCGGAUCGCUGCUUUAACGUGCACAAUAACCGGAGUUUAAGAGUCUGUGAGUUAUGAAGGCAAGUAAAACGCCACGUUUAAAGCGCAAGUUGCUUUAUAUAUUCGAUCGCGCGUUCCCCUUCAUCAUGUUAGGGACGUGGAUUCGAACCAAGCUAGCAUCAAGACGAUCCUCACCAAAGUAUGAUGCUGAUCGAAAAGAAAAAAUUAUUCGAGUCGUCCAAACAUACAAUGUUCCAUUGAGCAUAUUGUUGUUCUUUGUUGGCAUUGUAUGGAUCCUCCUUUUACCUUAUGAGGGAUUCAAUAGGACGACGUACAUUUCAGAAAACGCACUGUUACCCGGUCAGGUGAACGUAUAUUUUGGCUACAAUGACAUUCGUACAGCAGAAGACUAUCGAUACCAGCUUACGCACCAAGAACGCCAAGACAGCGAAGUACGAGCAACCUAUAUCAUGAACGAAUUCCGAGGUUUAGGUUUUGAUUCCGCAUUACAGCGUUUCAACACAUCUGAUGAUGGUAUGGGCGUCAAUGCAUUUGCCGUAUAUCGAGCACCAAGAAGCGAUGGGAAAGAAGCGUUGAUUUUGAGUGCGCCCUGGCAAUCUCGCACUGGUGACUAUAAUACCAACGGUAUCGCAGCAUUGCUAUCGUUAGCCAAACUGUUCAAGCGAAACGUAUAUUGGUCCAAAGAUAUUAUCCUAUUAGUAACGGAUAAGGGUAUGGUAGGCACUCGAUCUUGGGUGGAUGCAUACCACGGAACCGGGCCAGCCAGCUUCUCAUCCCUAGUGAUGCCACGAUCCGGUGCUAUCCAAGGCGUUGUCAAUCUUGACUUUCCUGGAACCCAAGACUAUGAAAAUCUAGGAAUCUUUUUUGAGGGCGUCAACGGACAGUUACCCAAUCUUGAUCUGAUCAAUACCAUUGUUACUGUUUGUACCCGAACUGCACGCGUACCUCUUACGCUUCACGACGAUUCAGCUCGUCCAUUCAAUGACAAACCUUGGGGACCCUAUGUUCAAUCACUUCUUCAUAUGACCCGCACAAUGCAAUACCAGGCGCUAGGACAUCCAUCGAGUGAUGCAGGGCUCUACCUGAGGUACAAAAUCGAUGCAGUUACUGUUCAUGGUGUUCGUGGCAGUGACAAUCUCCAUGCGUUGUUUGGAUUUCACAAAAUUGGAAUUAUGCUAGAAUCGACGUUCCGAAGCUUGAACAAUCUUCUCGAGCAUUUCCACCAGUCGUUCUUCUUUUACCUUUUGCUAAGGCCAAAUCGUUAUGUGUCGAUAGGCGAUUAUAUGCCACCCAUCAUUUUGUUUGCUUGCAGCCUGAUUUUCCAAUCGCUCGCUCUGUAUUAUAUUAGACCAAGUACGGCCCCAGGUAGCCCCGAAAAAAAGGCAGUAGCGUCUCAUGCGGUAACGACUAACAGCAGCAGCAGCUCGAGAAGCGUGUCCUCUGCGCUUACGGUGAUGAUUGUAACACACUUGAUGGGAUUUGCGAUUUUCUAUAUCAUGCAGACAACAUCACUACUGGGUUAUACAGCAAACGACAGCGAGGCACUGGUGGUGGUACAAUUCGCAUUGUCAUGCUGUAUUGCGGUGAUCACUGUAAUAUGCACAAUCUCCAGCCACCGUGGGGGUUCUCGCCAUGCUACGGAUACUCCUAAUAAUGGACGCACAUUAAAAUCAUUCUGUUUGGCAUUCAGUGGUUUGGUGAUAUCCACGGUCUCGCUCCUGAACUUUAGCUUGGCUGUGGUGACAGCCGUGCUGAUCGUGUUGCCAUACACCUUUAUUCGAUCAUCGUCGUCCUGGAUCGCCAGAGUACUACAAUGCGUCAUUUUAACUCUUAUAUCACCUCCUGGUCUUGCUGCGCUAGCAGUGGCAGUGGGGGGACUGCCGCUUUCAAAAUUACUCUCAAUGCUUAUUGAGGAUUAUCAAGUAGUAGGCUCAUGGCUUCUUUUGUACAUUUGCGUAGCCUAUUGGCCUGUUAACUUGGCAAUGCAAAUUCUUGUCUUUACAUAGUAACAACAACAACAAUCCUAAUGAUAUACUACUUGUAAUGAAUACUUCUUGUUAAACAAAGGGGAUAAAAGCAUUUUGGCUGUUUUUUUUUAUACACA